UUUUUUCUGUUUUAACUUUAGGUUAUUACAGAUGAUCCGUGGCUUCAAAAAGAGUCAAAAUGUCUGGGGAUGACAGCACUGCAGUUGCCUCUGAUGGUUCAAGCAAGUGAAGUCCCUGAUCUGAUCUUGACUUCUGCAGCUUUGGAUGAUCAGUGGAGCCAUUCGAUAUUUGCUCUGAUACCCUCAUGGACAAGGAAGAUUUUGUUCAGACAAGAAUCUUCUGUUAACCACCAGCUGUCUGAAGAUGUGUCCAAGUUGUCAGCAUCCUCUGGAUUUGGAAUAACCCUUCAGAAAUGUGCUGUGGUGGAUGUGGAACAUGACCCUCAAACUGCAUACAUUAGACUUCUGAUUAAUAACACCAACUCACUGCUCUCAAGAAACAUCACUGAUCUUGUCCUUCUGGACAAUAUCACUGGUCUACAUGUUCAAAAAGACAGUGGUAAUGAGACAAGAGAUGGGAUGCAAAUUUACAGGAAAAGAUUCUUGCAAGUUGGGGAAUAUUUUGCAAUCAACUAUAGUGCACUUCUUGAUGCAAAGAAAACAUGGAAUGGUAGGGUCUUGACACUGCCUGCACAGCUGACUUUCAGGAGUUUGUCACAGAAUCAAACAGAUCUUGUAUCGUUGACCACAUUGUUCACAAUAACUGAAGAAGAAAAGACUGAGGUCUCCUACAGCCAUGCCAUCCAUGCCUCAGGAUUCUUCAUUGCUUUUUUUGUUUCCCUGGUAUUGACAUGUGCUGUUUUCUUCGUUCUUUAUCGAACCCAAUUAUUAAGAUGGAGUUUCUAUAGUAAAAACCAGGAAAUACAACAUGAACUCAGUCAAAAUCACAAACUGGAGCAUUCUCACUUCAAUUCAGGUGACCUGUUCAGUGAAGAUGUAAUUAUGAAUGACCAAAUCAUUGAUAUACUGACCUUUGAAGAAUCAGGGAAUAUGCUUCAGGCUUUAGAAGAGUAAGAAUUCCUAUUGUUACAUCAUG